UACAGCCAUCACAAAAAAAUUCACUCAGAAACUCAAACAAUGGCUUCUGCUGCUGCACCCUCCACUCUCAGCCUCCCCCCACCGCACCCCCAAGACCUCCACCGCUCCUCCGCCACCACAUUUUCCCUCUCCUUCAGGAAGCCCACCAAAGAAAACCCUCUCUUCUUCACUCCGGCCGCGAACAAUUUCUCCUUCUACCCAUUGGUUCUGCAGUGCAACAGAGCAUCUGAAAAUGGACGCUUGUCGAAAUCAAUCGUCUCCGCCGCUCUGGCCGAGGCGGAGCUGGAGGAAGACGCCGUGGAAGAGGAGCAAGUUGGCGGCGGCGGCGGUGUUGCCGUUGCCACGAAGCCCAAGAAAGGCAAGGCUGCCUUGCCUUUGAAGAGGGACAGAACAAGGUCGAAGAGAUUUCUGGAAAUUCAAAGCCUGAGAGAAAACAAACAGGAGUACGACCUGAAAACAGCAAUGUCAUUGCUCAAGCAAACCACAAGCACGAAGUUUGUUGAAUCGGUUGAAGCGCAUUUCCGCCUCAACAUUGACCCGAAGUAUAACGAUCAACAACUGAGGGCAACUGUAAAUCUUCCCAAGGGAACUGGUCAAACUAUUAAAGUUGCUGUUCUUACGCAAGGUGAAAAGUUCGACGAGGCGAAAACUGCAGGAGCAGAUAUAGUUGGUGGAGAGGAUUUGAUAGAACAGAUAAAAGGAGGAUUUAUGGAUUUCGAUAAAUUAAUUGCUACACCGGAUAUGAUGCCUAAGGUUGCAAGUCUAGGAAAAAUUCUUGGACCGAGAGGACUGAUGCCAAACCCUAAAGCUGGUACAGUGACUACGAACAUACCACAGGCUAUAGCGGAAUUCAAGAAAGGGAAAGUCGAAUUCAGAGCUGAUAAAACCGGGAUUGUUCACUUACCUUUUGGGAAGGCAGAUUUUUCAGAGGAAGAUCUUAUGAUUAACUUUCUUGCUGCUGUGAAAUCAGUAGACUCGAACAAGCCAUCGGGGGCAAAAGGUGUGUACUGGAAAAGUGCGCAUAUAUGCUCUUCAAUGGGGCCGUCGAUUCGGUUAAACAUUAGAGAUAUGCUUGAUUACAAGCUUUCUUGAAAUGCUUUCUGGGCUAUACAUAACACUUGUAAAGUCUUUCUCGUUUGUUGAAUUAACUCGAGCUUCUGAUUUUCAAAAAAUGGUAGUGUAGAAUAGGAACGUAGACGAAAAAAAAAAAAAAAAGGAGAUUUAAUGAGCCUUUUUCCUCUGCCAAAAUUAGUGGUGAAGCUCUCAAGUUCCCAAAAUAUGUUAAAUUUUGUUUUUUGAUGUGA